CCCAAGGGGCAUGCAGCAAAACAGCGGAAGUGGACAAUGCUGGGCUUGCAUCGCCUGAGAGCCCCCAAAGUAUUGGCCAUCCUGGCUGCGAUGGUUUUCUCUUUGCCGCUGUCCUUCAAACCUUUGGACCAUGUGGAGCUCUUUAGUGGGAAGAUGGCAGUCACAGUUGCGGAGAUGCAGGAGGGAAGGAAGUGCGCGGCCUAUGACAUGGACUACGACGACAAGUACAUGAACAUCUUGGAUCCCCAAGGUUUUGCGGUGGCGGUUUACCAAGUGCUGCGAAUCAAACCGGGGGGAUCCCUCACCCUCGCACCGGUGUGUGGAACGUGGGUGUGGCUGUCGCGAGGCAGCACCAAGCGUUCAGCCCAAUGUCCGCUUGGAGAUCCCUCGGCCUCUGCCGCAGUGGCGGGACAUCGCUACAUUGAGGAGAUUGACAACUACAAGCCACGGCAAGGCACACGUGCCGUUGCAAGCGGCCCUAUGGUGCGGCACUACCGCGACUCGAAGGGUCGACCCCGGGUGCAAGGUGCAUCGGGCUUGAAGGAUUCCCAGAGCUACACUCCAGCGUUUGGCCGUGCAAUGGCAAAGCUGCGCACUAGGAACCAGGCUCGGGUCCGACGAGAAGCAAAGGCUUUCCUGAAAGCUGCGGCGCAGGUGAGCCAUGCCACGUUUUAUUCUGCGGACGGCCGGGAGGCAGUUCCGACGUCAAAAGGUGUUCAGAAGACCCAUAAGGGGAAGGACCCACCCAAGACCAGGGUUUCAGGGAAAAGUAAGCCGGUUGAAAGUCCAGCUUCGUCAACUACCACGGCUACAAGUCGAAAGGGCCAACCGUUUGUCUACACCACCCCAGUUGACAAGAGGACUCCCGCGAUCAAAUCGCCAUUUGCAGCUUCUGAGAAGCUGAGCCCUGAGUUGAAUGAUGCGAUGAAAAUGAACAAGAUCAACGAGGUUAAGGCUGCCAAACAGAAAGGAGAGAAGGAUGUCCACACAGGAACAGAGAAGGUUGCGAACAAGGAGAAGAAAGACAAAAAGGAAAAGAAAGAUAGCAAGCACCAGAAGAAAGAGAACAAGAAAGAGAACAAGAAGGAGAAGAAAAGCGAGAAGACAAAGAAAGACAAGGCAGAGGAUGAAGCAAAGGUAGAGAAGGCAGACAACAGAAAGGAUCAGGAGAAGGAGAAAGCGAGAGAUAGCAAGGUUUCCAAGAAGACAGACAAGAAGGUGAGAGAAGAGGAUCAGAGUAAGAAAGAGCCGAAGAGUUCCCAGGCUGCCAAAGGUGGCAAGGCAAGCAAGAUGAAGAAGCUCUCCCGGGAAGAGAAGCGGCAGGUUUUCAGUCCUGACCUCGCAGUCAUGGGCGAGGAACAGAUUGACAAUUUGAUUGCCUCUUUGCGAGUUGAAAGAAAGGAGAAUGAGAAGGUAGGCGAACCUGAGGAAGAUGAGGCAGGAAUUCUAAGUCAGGAGGAUGGAUCGGAAGGAGAAAAUGAUGGUAAGGAGGCUGAAGAUGAUGAGGACAAGGACAAUGAGCAGGAUGGUGAAGAAGGAAAGGAGGAGGAGGAUGAGCAUGAUGACCAGGAAGCCGAGACAACGCAGGAGGAGCAAGGUGAGGAAGAGGAGAAGGAAGUGGAUGGCAGCGUUUGCCUUGGUGAUCUUGGUUCUGAGCAAGACGUGCAUUCCGUCUUCGGGUCCUCCUCAUCCGAAGAUGAAGAUGCCAGCACCCCAGCAGCUCCACCUGGCCAAGCAGUUGCAGAGGUGAUCGAGAAGGCAACCCUCAAGGCAGAGGAGGAGGCUCAGAGAGCCAACAGUACCACCAACCGUGCUGAGUGGGCCGCGUUCAGCAGAGAAAUCAAAAACAGGCAGAAAUUCCCAGUCCAGCUGUCGGACCACCUGGCACGGGACAAGACCGACCUCUUUAACCUGUGGCUGCAGAACGGCCAAUCUCUCAAGAAGGUCGCCGUGGUUUUGGAACGACGGGUGGAAGCUGUGAACACGGUCCGCACUGGGCGUGAAGGGAAGAAAAAGCGUGAACUUGAAGCCAAGUACCCAGCUGCUAAAGUGGAGCAGCUCACAGCCCUUUUGAAAUCUCGUGGAAUGUGGUAUUGGGAUCCCGAUUUCCCAGGCGAUGAAGAGGAGAUCUAUUACUAUGCUGGCACUGGCAACCAGAUCAGAAGGGAUGACAUCACAGCAGAGGGGAUGUCCCUACGUGGCACUGCCAAUGCAGAUGCCCCAACCCUUGAAGCUGUCGCCGGAGAAGGUGGGCCUCUGGCCAGCGGAGCUCUUCCUGCCCUCGAGACGGCCUCACCGGAGGGUAUCAAAAACACUUGGCAGGCCACCAAUGCAGGACCAGUUGUGAAAGUGAAGGCGCCAAAGGCACCCAAACCAUCACCGGCUGAAGAACAAGUUGCCAAAACUGUUCCAGAGUAG